CAAUGCCCUCUCACAACCAUUUCACCUCAUUGCCGAUUUGCUCGUCGAGUUCAGUACCUGGAAAAGAUUCUCAUCGUAAUUUGUAGAGACAUGACUGUCGCCAAACAAUCACGCUAUGCAGCUGCUUGCCCUUUGAGAGAGCUGGAUUGUACGAGAGCGUAGAAUAAUUACUGCUGCUAACAGACAUCUCCGAUCCGUUAAACAGUCUUGAGCCCUUUUUCAGUGGUCCAAGAGCGCAUUUCGUUCGGGCACCUAGGUAUCAGUAACUAAGUGACGUUGUCUUGGCGCUUGCCUGUCUGGCGCUGCUUCAUGCCGCCAACACCUACAGGAACAACUAUCACUCGGCACCUCGAUCGUGUUACAAGUUGAAUUCAUUCCUGGUAGGUGCGGGAUCAGUGCGGCAAGCGCGCUUUUGGAGCUGUACGCCUACGUUCACCUUGUGCGCUACGCACCCAGCACCAGCAACAUCUCUUUACUGGACCGCGAAGUUCCCUUACUCCACAACAUUGUCGCGAAUUUGCUUCAUUCUGGUACCAUGUCUUCGAGCCCUGACGCAAACGUCAAAUCCUACUUCCAGCCGACGGGGAAGUUCAAGGGCAAGAGGAAGACAGAAACCGACACAUCAAGCGUGAGCAAGCCAGAGUCUGCUGCAUCACGGGUUGCAACACAAUCGCAGACCAAAGUGAGCUAUAAGCGGGUACUCUCUACCUCACCUCCAGCACCUGCACCCAAGAAGCGCAACACGGAUACUGUCCGUGACGCCAAGCAGCACAAUCAUCUGGCCUAUAACGACCUUUCCAAAGACUGGAUGGAUGCUCAGUCUACGAAAGACCAAGGCCCCGAAGGUGCUGACGCAGGAACACUAUCCUUUACUUACCACAUCGGUGACAUGUUCGAAGACGCACCCGAAAACUGUCUACUAAUCCACGCCUGCAACUCUCAAGGCCAUUGGGGCGCCGGCAUAGCCAAAGCAUUCAAACAGAAGUACCCAAAAGCUUACACUGCACACAAUAAGUUUUGCGCCAAGGAACACAGCAAAACACAGCCAGUGCCAACUGGAUCAGCACAGCUACUCGCACCGGUUGAUAGUGGCUCUCAGCACUGGAUUGGUUGUCUGUUCACGAGUGCCAAAUACGGGAAGGCGAAGGACAAGCCGGAUGCCAUCGUCAAGAACACCACUGCGUCCAUGAGUAUGUUACUGGAGCUGGUGAGGAUGGCAGAUGGUGAAGUCAGUGAGAUCAGAAUGUGCAAGAUUAAUAGCGGGAAGUUUGGCGUGCCUUGGGAGAAGACGGAAGAGGCCUUGAAGAGCAUCAUAUUGCAAGAGGGAUGGCGAGAGAAGAUUGAGAUAUGGGAGCCGUGA